GAUUUUAAGAAAGAAACCAAAAAUAAUAGAGAAACUCAGUUGAGAUUCAAUUUCCAAUUUUCAGAUCAUUCGAAUCGAAGCUAAAGAUCGCCGCCAUGGACGCCAUUGAUUCCGUCGUUGAUCCUCUCAGAGAUUUUGCUAAGGAUAGUAUUCGUCUCGUUAAGCGUUGCCACAAGCCCGAUCGCAAAGAAUUCACGAAAGUUGCAGUUCGUACCGCGAUUGGGUUUGUGGUAAUGGGAUUCGUUGGGUUCUUUGUGAAGCUAAUCUUUAUUCCGAUCAACAACAUCAUCGUCGGUGCCACUUAGAAAGCAAAGGAUACACAAGUCAGUUCUGUGUUUUGAGAAAGGAAGAUUUAGAGGCUUUCUUGUUUCAAGAGAAAGGCACAAGUCAGUUCUGUGUUUUGUGUACUCGAAUUUCAUUUGUUUCAAUGGUUUUUUUGGUUCUUUUUUUGUUCACAAUUGAAAAAUCGGACGUGUUUUGAAUGUAGA